AAAACACACUCUGGGAGGCCUUUUUUCCGCCAACGUUUUGAUGCUGUGAGUCUGUGCGUAACCCAUCAUCCUGGCCAGUGCUGUCUCGGGCUCCUGAGCACGCCAGAUUCAGCAUUCGCAGCUGUCAAAGAACCAACCAUGGGUGGGCUGCCCGUGUCAGUGUGACAGGACACUACAAGGUAUGUAUUUACUGUAGGUAUUAUAUGGUCGCCCUUGCUGCCCCCUUCCGAGUCUGGCACGGUGUCGAUGGCCGCGCCUGCCAGUGCGUCUUCUGCUCUUCUUGCUCUUCUGCCUGCUACUAAUUCCAGUGGACGCCACUCACUGCGCUUUGCAUCCCACCAUCAAUGUCCUCACGGGUCGCUCUUUUGUGCCUUUCGUUUCUGUCCCUCCUUCAUUUGUGAGUCGUUUCUGAUACUUGACUGCGCGGCGUGCCCUGUGCGUCGUCUGCUUCGUCCAUUCUUUCGGUCGAGCCAUGGAUUCUCCCACGUGGUCGCGAAAUAUCAACCCGUUACACCAACUAUACGGGACGCGCCGGACGGUGCGAUGGGUCGUCUUCCUGGUGCUCGCGGCCCUGGCGACCCUCUACAUUACUGGCCAGAGCUAUACGCCGUUGGUGUCGACUACUACAGCCUUCAGACCGUCAAAGAAUCGAGCCAAGUACCUGAGCCCAGAGAAGCUGAUGGAGCGACCGAUAUCCAAAGACCUACAAACGAUACCCAGAUUAUUCCACCAGAGCUGGUCUGCGAUCAAAUUACCCGCCAAGUUUGAGCGCUGGAGUGACAGUUGUCGGCGAGCACAUCCCAAUUGGGAGUGGGUGCUGUGGACGGACGAGGACAAUGAAAAUCUGGUCAAGAAACAUUUCCCGUGGUUAUUGCAGACUUAUCAAGAUCUCCCGGGAGCCAUCUACAAAGCCGAUCUGGCGAGGAACUUGUAUAUGUACAUGUACGGAGGCGUUUAUGCCGACCUUGAUGUCGAAUGUCUACGACCCUCGGACGAGAUUUUCAACGAAUACAACGUGUCCACCGUCUCGCAUUCCCAACCGCGACCGGUCUCUACGCACGAUUUGCAAAAGAGUGGUCGAAAGGCUUUUUUCGGCCGGAUGGGCACUGACAUCAAUGAGGCCAACUCGAUCCCCAACGCGUGGAUGGCCUCGACGCCCGGACACCCCUUCUUUCUUCUUGUGAUUGAAAACGUGGUCAAGGGUCUUCAAGACGGAUCAAGGAAUGGGCAAGCGCCUGAAUCGGUCACUGGACCUGCCAGGCUGUUUGAAAUGGUCAACGAGUACCACAUUGCGGAAGGCUUGUACGCGGGCGAGAAGCUGGACCAGCAUGUGGCUAAGAACCCGACUGCCAAACACUUUACUCCUCGCAAAGGCUUGAAACACUCGGUCGAAGUGCUUCCAUUCUACUAUAUCUAUCCCUAUUCCUGGCUCAGGGAUGGCGAAGCUUUUCGUGAUGUUUGCUGGGUGUCCAGGGUUACCUUUGAUGCUGAGACAUGCAAACUGCUCCUGGCCACCGACCGUUGGCCCAGCUACACCAUCACUUACUGGAGUCAUUCUUGGGCUGAGUCUGGCCAUGAUGAAGGAAGCCUGCGCCGGCUGGAAGACGAUUAAUGAAUUUCUAUUCUGAUUUGCUGGUCAAGGAGUUUUGAUCCAAAGGAGCGGAUGUCUUUUUUAUUUCCUGUAGGCAUCGAACGUGGUUUUCAGUGGUCUGGCGCUAUAUCUCGGGGAUGAAAGAAAAGGUUCGGGAUGGCUGACAAAAAUUGGGGGAAUUCUGGUAGAAGAUGGGCGGACGCCAUCUACUCAGAGUAUGAGAUAGGCCUGACCAUGAUCAUUCGCUCGACAAUCGAAUGUCAACCAAGAUGUGGCUAGCAGCGAACAGUUCAGAUUAAACCACGAAUCUUGUUAAGUUUGCUA